AUGCAUCGGUCGUGGUUCUCGUACUCGAUCUCCAAGCCGUAUCCUUUUCGCUGGUUCACGCCUGUCGUUCUGGUUGGCGGUGUCAUUCUCGCCGUCUUGCUCUCUUUAAUAAACCUGAGCGCAAACGGAUACUACUUGAAGCCUCUAUAUACAUCUGAUCCCAAUGGCACCGAAGCCCUUUCAAACGCACAAUGGUUCAGAAAGAUUCCGUUCAAUUGGAGGAGCGACGUAAAAGCAGAGUGCCAACCGCGUCUGUUUACAAUCGGCGACUCCUUUUUCACCUCAAACCUGGGCUUUAGGUACAUUAUCAAGGCCAUUUCGGACUCAAGAAGGAACUCAUUGUCGAGCUUGAAUUACAAAAACAAUACUCUUGAAAGCUGCUCACCUAAAAGCAUAGUUCUGAAGAUGAAGAAGAGUGAUACGGCGGUGCCGCCUGCUCCUUCAUGGUGGCUGUCAUACGGGGAGUCUACGAUGGAGGCAACUGUCGACUGCACUGUUGUGACAGAUGACGGUCCCGUGAUAAUAACGCUCGUUACUGAGGAAAAUAGUGGAGGGGAUCAUACCUAUAGCUACGUGAUCGAAGAUGAUCCUGGAACGCACGCAAGCGUGUGGUGGGGGACCAGACUGCUCAAUGCAUAUUGGAGCGGUGUAAUGACAGUUGCAGCAAACAUGACGAACAUAUAUGGCUCCGACAACUAUGUCGUCCGUAGCGGAUUUACUUACACUCCCAAGCCAGGAGAAGACAUCUACACCGAUCAGUUUUUUGACCUCUACUGGUGGUUAGCAAACACGGACUCCUCGAUUCUCAACAAGAACAUGGAUAAAAGUCUCAAAGAUUACAAUUCUGAUUGGUACGGAUCUCCAGCACUAACAGAAGGGCUUCACUCCUCAAAGAUUCUCUUCUCUCUACUUUCCCUGGACUUAGGCAACUGCCAGGCACCGAACCUCCUUCUGGACGAUCGUGGGCUCCGGUAUGCAAUCCUGGCACCAGACGAUCACAACCGGGAUCCCGGACGGAUUUUGAACGGCUCCAGAUCACAACUAUACGGGUCAGACCGAUACAACCAAAUUCCUGCUCCCAGAUCGAAUGACACGAAUAGCGGCCUGGUGACGCUCCGGGAUAGCUACGAUAAGUUCCAGCCUAUGAUGGGGCCCCUGGGUUGCAGCAACGCUACCAUUGUCAGCCAAUACCUUUGCUCUGUUCCUCAACAGAAGAACGGUGGUGCCAUGUUGUUUUCAAUCCUGCUUGCGGACCUCCUUUUUCUCCAAGCAGCUUGGAAAAUACUGACGUGGAUUGCUGAUGGGAUGGUAUCGAGAGGAAAUACGGAGGCUAUGUAUUGUCAGGGCUGCCAGGCUAGAAUUGGUGCUUAUCAGUCACUACAAGAUUUCAGCUCGACUAGGAACGGCUCCGAGGCGGUCCCAAAAAGGACGAUGGAUUGGAGUGAAAGCAGAGAAACGAUAUUAAGGGAGUAG